GUACUUGCAGAUAGCUUAUUACACCUUGAUCAACUCUUGGCUACACUACUCCAACUGUUCGUAAAGAGUCAUCUCAAAUGUAACCAAUGGGCUUGUUCGGAAAUACACCGUUAAGAACUACCGAUCUACACCAUCUUGGCCAUUUCUCAUCGCUCCCAUGCAGCUUAAGUCUAGACUCGUCUUAUAAGAGAUAACGGCUGGGGCAACUCCCAGAUUCCCCAAUCUCAUAUAAAGGAACCCCAAGAUAGGGAUCACACAUCCAUCGUUAGUAAUCUUCUCCAGAAGCCAUGCCGUCUAUACUAGAACGAUUUACAUGAACCGAUAUCCGCCCCGGUUGAGUGGCUAAGAAGGCAUCUUUCCGGCUCUCGUUUAAUCGCCCUAGUCGUAACGCCGUCACCUUCUUACAUAUCGAUAGGCAAUGCCUGUGUUUUUCAAGUGCCGAUGUUACGGGAAUCCAUCCGCCAAGGGAACUGAGUAGUUUUACAUUAUAACCGGUUGCUAUCGCCAACAUGUUGUGUGACAAUAAACUAUAGAUAUAUCCAUCACUCAUUCACUUACAUAUCAAGUAUGACGUGACAUGGAUAGCUCCCCGCUCCCGUCGAUUGUUCUCGAGCCGCGGGAAUAUGUAGACUAAAAUAUAACAGCGAGUAGUUAUAUAUAUGAGCUUGGUAUUUUAGGUGUUAGGGAAAAGAAAGCACGUGUGUGUUGUUGAGCCUUGGUAACAAUAUCGAGUACGAAGCCAAGAUGGCGGUAGGACUUACUACGCUCGUGGAGCCAUUCUGGAGAGCUUCUUUUCUAGAGCUUCUGAUAAUUUUUGUUCUAUUGUAUUUAGCAAUAGGGAUUACCAAGAUCGUUUACAAUGCCUUCUUCCACCCAUUAGCCCCUAUACCGGGUCCAAAGCUAUACGCCAUCUCGCCUCUUCCUAUAAGCUGGUCUCGAGCGCAGGGCAGGUCUCCCUACAAGUUUGCCGAGCUACAUGAGAAAUAUGGACCUAUCGUACGCGUCGGCCCCGACGAAGUCUCUUGUGCCGGUCCCACAUCCUUCAAAGAUCUAUAUGGUCCUCGCUAUGGCAAAGGAGGCCCUUUAACCCGUGAUUCGCGGGCCGCGCCACUUAAAGAUAAGUUCGGCGCCGUAGGCAUGUUUCAAGCCGAAGUACAGGAGCAUGCUAGAAUACGUCGUCAGCUUAACCCUGCAUUCUCCGAAAAGGCCUCGCGCGAGCAAGAACCUCUCGUGCUGGGAUACAUCGACUCUAUGAUUCGGAAACUGCGAGACGCCUCGGCGAGGGGGGGUGUUGUUGACAUUGAAAAGUAUACUAUGUGGGCGACCUUUGACAUCCAAGGCGACCUAGUAUUCGGCGAAGAUGUUUUCGAAUGCAUCGAGAAAGAGCAAUACCAUCCCUGGAUCAAAAUUAGCAUGGCCUACUUUACAUCAGGGGUUUACACACACGCCCUAAACGACAUCUCGUCUUGGGCGCUAUGGAUUUGGCAAAAGUUCCUUAUUCCAAAGAGUUUUGCCGAUGCGCAGAACUAUCAUCUUAGGACUACUCUGGAUCUAGUAGACAAGAGGAUGGCUUCUAAGAAGACGGGUCAUCCAGAUUACAUGUCGUUUGUUACUAGCGAAAGCAAAGCCGGCGAGGUUCUCACGAAGGAGCAGAUGUAUGCCAACGCCCAGAUGCUGGUAACGGCCGGAUCGGAGACCGUAGCAACAGCAUCUGCUACUACGCUUUUCCUCUUGCUCAUUCAUCCAGAGGCUAUGGAACGAGUUAAGCGUGAGAUUCGGUCUACGUUCGAGUCGGAGCAGGACAUUACAGCUGCUUCCGUUAUUAAUAUCCCGUACCUUUUAGCUGCGAUCGAUGAGUCUAUGCGUGUCUGGCCUCCGGUUGCAACAUCGUUUAACCCUCGACUGAUGUCGUCUGGAGGCUGCGCUGUGGAUGGCUAUUUCGUUCCCGAAGGCUCCAUUAUCGGCAUCCAUAACUAUGCUGUUGGCCGACUAGAGAGAUACUUUAAAGACGCGAAGAAAUUCGUCCCUGAACGUUGGUUAGGCGAUGAAAGAUAUGCCAACGACUCAAGAGAAGUCUUCCAGCCGUUCAGCUCCGGGCCGUUGAACUGCCUCGGGCUCACAAUGGGACGUAUGGAGACCCGAGUCAUCCUAGCCAAGCUUAUUUAUAACUUCGAUAUCGAGUUAAUGCCCGAGUGCAGAAAUUGGCUUGAGAAUCAGAAGAAUUAUAUCGCCUGGCAUAAGCCUCCCCUGAUGGUAAAGCUGACCCCAGCAUAGCAAGUAUAGGGUAGUACCGUAAGGAUGGCGGCUGGAAUUGUUGCAUGGAGUACGUGCAGGUGGUAUACUAUCUUCAGCGGAAUGCAUAUGCAGAAACUUCAAUCAUCUCGACGCCGUUUUCUUUCUCCGCCGUCUAGAAGUAUUUAAUAAGAAUAUAGUCUGGCCAUAUGUAUAAAUCCCAUAGUUAAACUUGGCUCCCACAGCAAACAACGGCGUUUCCGAGGAGGCUAACAAAAUCCUAGCUAGAGAUAAAAACAAAGCUUCCCUUCCAUAGA